AAAAGUGUUUGUGGUUUGAAAUAUUAAAGCAAAUGUCAUAUCAUAUAAUCUAUUUUAAUAAUUUUUAUCUGAAAUUUGCCGAGUCCAAAGACUCCAAACACACAAAGGUUUUAGUAAGGGACGUCGUUUUGGUAAGUCUGAUGUAUGCAACUUCCAUUUUCCAAGGCAGAAAUCUCCGAUUCGCCUCUGUUGCAUGCCCCAAAACCCAUACUAAAGCUGAAAAACCCUACUGCAGUCCAGGAUCCAUAUUUCAUUUGAUUUUGCGCUUUUCUGUAACAGCUUCCUCUUUGAUUACACCAUUAAUUUGCAUUUGGUGAACCUCUAUUUUUCAACAGCUUGGUGGGUUUUUGAUCUUUUCUGCUUUCAUCGGAAAACGGUGUACUUCUAAAUCACUCUAAUUCGUCGCCGACGCCGUCGACGCCGCCGCUAGUUCAGUGAGACCUGCUGCAUGAAUAACCUCCAAUUGAAGCAGAUGAUUUUAUGAUGGAUGAAAGUAGGAGUGUUUUGUAGAUUGCUUGGCUUGUAGGAGAAAACAUGUUGGAGAACAAGGGAAGCAUGACUAUUAGCAAGUCAACUGGCCUUCCUCGUAAGCGUUUCUAUCGAGCCCGGGCGCAUAGCAACCCCUUAAGUGACUCCCAUUUCCCUGUUCCACUAUCCCCUUGUCAUGUUGACUAUUCCCUUCAUUAUCCUGAACUAUUUCAAUUAUCUGAUCAGCCUGGUGCUUCCAAAAAGAUUGAGUUUGCUGACAUUGGUUGUGGUUUUGGAGGGCUUUUAAUAAGUCUUUCAACCCUUUUCCCUAACAAUCUAAUGAUUGGAAUGGAACUUAGGGAUAAGGUGACUGAGUACGUUAAGGAACGGAUCUUGGCUUUGAGAGUGGCAAAUCCAGGUCAAUACCAGAACAUUUCAGUAGUUCGGACCAAUUCCAUGAAAUACAUUCCAAAUUAUUUCGAGAAAGGACAGCUUUCCAAGAUGUUUUUCCUGUUUCCUGAUCCCCACUUCAAAGAGAAGAAUCAUCGCCGUCGUGUGAUCAGCUCACACUUGCUAGAUGAGUAUGCUUAUGCUUUGAGAGUUGGUGGCAUUAUAUAUACAAUUACAGAUGUGGAAGAACUAGGAGAAUGGAUGAAGGCAUGUUUAGAAGGUCACCCCUUGUUUGAAGCCCUAACAGAGGAAGAGCUUGAAGCUGACCCAGUUGUCAAGCUCUUGAGCAGUGCAACUGAGGAAGGACAGAAGGUUGCUAGGAAUGGUGGGGAGACUUUCCAAGCUGUUUAUAGACGUAUUCUGCCAUCUCUCUGACUCACAACAACAGAAAGCUUCAAGGUCCACCUUAUUUUUCUUUGACUGCCAUUGAUCCAUCUUAAAAUCCCCGUUUACAUUUCAUUUUGUGUGUUUCUCUUAAGCUGUUCUUUUAACUAUCCAAAUCUAUUUUCUUUUAAUAUCUUUUCCUAUAUUGUGGAUCUUUAAUUUUACCUAAUACAAUCAUUUUUCUACUUGUAUGGCCA